AUGGGUUGCUUUCUGGGUUGUUUCGGUGGUCGGAAGAAUCGCCGGCGUCAGCAACGUAGAGAAUCUGAUCAGGCUCCAGCAAACAAACUUUCAGUGGAAUCUGCAAAACCUGAUCAUCUGAAUGAUAGAGUCCCUACAGUUGAGGAAAUCCCGAAAAACUCUGUGAUUCCAAUCACUGAUAUUUGUGACGAGGAUGAAGAGAAAUGCACUCCAAGUCCUAAUAGGAAGAGAGUCACUUUUGACUCUAAAGUCAAAACUUAUGAACACAUUGUGCUACAAGAAUCUGUUGAACUCCUGGAAGAGGAUAAAGAAGAGGUCAAACCCGAUGAGAUGUCCCUAAAUUCAAGCAAGACUUGUCAGUCUUCUUCUGAGAACAGUCAGGUUGCCUCAAACUCUUCAGGGUCGUAUCCUUCAAACCACAGAUACAAGAGUUGCAGAGAAAGCGAUGAUGAAAUAGAGGAUGAUGAGUUAGACUGCGGUGAAGGCGUUCUAGAUGAAGAGGAAGAAGAGUAUUGUAGUGAUGAAGCAUUUAGUGAGGAUACGUUGCAUAACCAAACCAAAGAGGAGACUGAUGCAGAGUUGAGAGGGUCUAAUGAGAGUGUUAGAGAUGGAAACCACUAUGCUCAAGGAGUACUUAGCCCCGUUGAGAAUCUCACUCAGUGGAAAUCUGCUAAAUCCAAAGGGCAAAGAAUACAGAAACAGUCUGAAAAGGAGAACUCUAACCUCAUCUCAGAUCAACAAGACAAGAGGGACUCUGCUUCUCUCAGCGCAGAGACUCAGAUUGAACCCGAGAAACCGAGAAACGAAGGAUUAGCCGUUGAUGCUAGCCUUUCAACCUGGUUAUCAACAUCUGAGACGGGUAGUGAAUGCAACAGCGUCUCUGUCACACCCGAGAAAACCAAGUCUAGCUGCUACUCGAAGCGGGCUAUACUCAGCCAUGACGAUAGACCUGUACUAUGUGCAUUGACAAUGGAGGAGGUCAAACGGUACUCGGCUACUUCUACGCCAAGGAAAUCACCUAGCAAGAGUCCCGAUGAGACACCUAUUAUAGGCACAGUUGGUGGUUACUGGGGUAAUCACGUAAAGGCAAUAGACUGUGACUCUCCAUCUGCAUUCAAGGGAAUACCGAACACCACCAGCAAAUAUAGAGAGGAUAAGAGCGUGAAUUGGCAUUCAACACCAUUUGAGGCAAGACUGGAGAAAGCUCUGAACAACAAAGAUAAAUUAUAG